UUGAAUUCUGAUGAUAUGACCUGGGAAGUGUGUGGUUGCGGAUGGAACCAGCAGUGCUCGGAGCUAAGAGGCGAUAAACACGGUCGUUCUCAACCUGUCCCGUCGAGUAAAUUCUUUUAUAUCUACUGAAAAGUACUAAUAUAUCGACUGUAGUCGAAACGAAACGACCGAGGCCAGUGCAGAUGGCAGCUGUGAGCGGCAUUAACAAGAUGUACGGAGUGUGUUUGCACGCCGUUCGCGUGACUGCAGGACUGCGGGCAGCGAGGCUGCUUCAACACAGAGCCUUCCGAGUCGGGGCUGUGCACCAGCAGCAGCCCUUUGACUCAUCACUGGAAAAGCCACAGUUCCCCGGAGCCUCAGCUGAGUUUAUUGAUAAUCUGGAGUUCAUCCAGCCCAAUGUCAUCUCUGGAAUCCCAAUUUACCGGGUGAUGGACAGGCAAGGAAAUAUCAUCAACCCCUCUCAAGACCCUCAGCUCUCAAAAGAGACAGUUUUGAACUUUUAUCAGAAGAUGACUCUGCUGAACACAAUGGACCGUAUUCUUUACGAGUCCCAGAGACAGGGUCGGAUCUCCUUCUACAUGACCAACUAUGGUGAGGAGGGGACACAUAUCGGUAGUGCUGCUGCUCUUGACCCAAAUGACAUUGUCUUUGGUCAAUACCGAGAAGCUGGAGUGUUGAUGUACCGUGGUUUUCCUCUGGAUAUGUUCAUGGCUCAGUGCUACGCCAACGCAGAUGACCUUGGCAAGGGUCGACAGAUGCCCGUCCACUAUGGCUCCAAAGACCUGAACUUUGUCACCAUCUCCUCUCCUCUGGCCACACAGAUUCCCCAGGCGGCUGGAGCUGCAUACGCGGUCAAGAGAGAAAACAUGAACCGUGCCGUAAUCUGUUAUUUUGGAGAGGGAGCAGCAAGUGAAGGGGACGCACACGCUGGUUUCAAUUUCUCUGCCACCCUCGAGUGCCCACUGAUAUUUUUCUGUCGCAACAACGGAUACGCCAUCUCUACCCCCACCAACGAGCAGUACAGGGGAGACGGCAUUGCUGCUCGUGGUCCGGGUUAUGGCAUGAUGUCCAUCCGUGUCGAUGGCAAUGAUGUGUUUGCUGUGUACAAUGCCACAAAAGAAGCUCGACGUAGGGCUGUAGCUGAGAACCAGCCGUUCCUCAUUGAGGCAAUGACCUACAGAAUUGGCCACCACAGCACCAGUGACGACAGCUCAGCGUACCGGUCGGUGGACGAGGUGAACUACUGGGACAAGCAGGACCAUCCCAUCUCCAGGCUGAGACAUUACAUGACGGCCCGCAGCUGGUGGAGCGAAGACGACGAGAGGAGCUGGAGGAAGCAGUCUCGCAAGAUGGUGAUGGAGGCAUUCGAGAAGGCCGAGAAACGCCUGAAGCCCAGUCCUGAGCUGCUGUUCACAGACGUGUACCAGGAGAUGACGCCCAACCUGGACAAGCAGAGACAGUCCAUGUGGAGGCACGUGCAGCAGUACAAAGAGCACUACCCACUUGAUCUGUAUGAUAAAUAAUUGCCCCGACAGGAGCGGGAUGUUGUGUGCUGAUUAAAUUUGGGAGUGGGUCAGUACUGUGACUGGUAUGAACUGUUGCACACUUUUUCCUAUUCUUAAAGACGUAGUUUUGAUAUGACGUGGUCUUUCCUUUCUUCAGAUUAUGCGUUCAAAAAUAUUGUACUUCAUACUUCAUUCGGUGCCUUCAAUUAAUACAUUUUCAGUUUUUCUAUAAACACUAAAUCACACUUUGGUUUCACACCACAUUUCUGCUGCAGUACUAGUGCAUUAUACAUAUUGGAUAACCUAACAAAUCAAGCAAUAAAGGGUGGAAGUUUACCUCUGUUGUACAUUCUUCUGUAACUGUCUUCUCCAGUGUUUCAUUUCACAGGUUUCCUUGCAUAUUACUAAGGAGACUGAUUUAACUUGGGCAUAUUAAAGAACCUAACCUGUUUUAAUGGUUGUUAGCACACAGUAUGUUUCAAUGGGUGAGUAUGCUGUAAAGCUGUUACAUACUACACUGUAUCCCAGACCUGUAAUCUCUCCUAGCUCCUGUUACAUGUUUGUUGUUUUGUGGAAAAUAAACUAAAGAACUUAAA